CUCUGGGGGGUCCUCAUCACGCCUUGUCAUCCUUUUCCAUCCCCGGAGGCAGACAUUCUUUCUUACUCAGUCACACACACCUGGUAAGUUAACUACUUACACACACCCUUCUCUCGCCAUUUGAUUGUCGCUUGCAGCUCUUUUGUUUCCGUCUUUCUCCUUUCCCCUCCUUACUCUCUCCGUCGACAGUCAAUCUUUUCUUUCUUUCCUGCCUCCGUUUCCGGAUCGAGCCCUGGCGGGGGAUCCACGACGACCGUUAGAGGUUUAUGGGUGAACAAGCAAACCAGGUAAGAGAAGAAAAAAAAAGUAAACCAAAAAAAGUUAAAAAAAAUUAUUAUUAUUACUAUUAUUAUUAUUAUUAUUAUUACAGUGGAGGGAAAAAGAUACGUACGGCUCCAUCAGCUCUCCCAUUUGGGCUGUCCAUCCGCCCAAAGCUGACUGAACUGAACUGAAUCGAACUCCCGGUUCAUCUUUGCUGGUGUUGGUUGCUGAUGCUGAUUGCUGGUGCUUUGCUGGUGCUGGUGCUGCUACUGCUGCUACUGCUGCUACUGCGAACACAGCCAAACCAUCCAAUCCACACCUUAUCCCCAUCCCCAAUAAUUCCUAUUCCCAUUCCGAAUCUCUUCUUUUCUCCUUCAACCUCUCUGAUUGCUGCUAUCUUCUUCCCCUUUCACUAACUAUCCUUCCUUCUUUCUCCUCACCCACCCUCCCUCUCUCUCUCCUCCCUCACCCCUCUCUUUCUCUCGCUCUCUCUCUCUCUCUCUCUCUUUUCCUCUCGUUCCGCCAAAUUUGUUUUUUUAACUCUCCCUCACGCUCCCUCCCUCCCUCUCCCUCGAUACGAUCAUCACCACCUCCUUUCGUUUGUCUUGCAUUCGAAUCGAAUCGAUA